GCCCCCUACAGGCGGUGCUCAGAGCAGAGGCCCCUCCCGGGGCGCAGCUCGCUUGGGGGCUGGAGCACCCAGAAGCGCCCCUGGAGCGCCCCGGUCGCGGCUCGGGAAAUGCAGGGGUCGGGGCUGCAGGGUAGCGGCUGGGGAGAAGGGAGGAGGGACGUGGACCUACCCGGCUGGGCUGGUGCUGGGGACCCGGGCUCUGAGGCGCCCUGGGAAUGGGGGAGGGGGAGCUCCCACAUUUCACUGGGCGACGUUCUGCCUGUUGCUUGGUGGCAGCGAGCCUGAGCUCAGGAGCAGCCUCCUUCCAGGUGAUGGAUUUCUCCGCAAGGUCACUGCGCCCUGAGGCGGCUCUGCAGGCAGAAGAGAAGGGCGGGCAGGGCUCCAUAAAUGCAUCAUUGCAGAGACCUGCCUGUGUAGUGUCAGGAGGUGAACUUUGGAGCCAAGUCCAUCACCUUAGAGCCCGGAGGCUGUAAAGGCUCAGGGGAGAUGGAGUCAGAGCAUCAGGGAGAAAGCAGCGCCAGAUACACAGCAGCCCUCCAGGAGAGCAGAGACAUGCAGGCGACAUUCCAGGCACAACAAUGGACAGCCACAGAGAGGGGUAGAGGCUGUGGACUUGCACCCGGGUCCUCAUAUCUGACAACAUGUGUUCUCUACCAGGUGGAUCCUCCAGGGGCACCAGCCCUGCCUACCCCUGAGACUGGCACCAGCUCUUUGCAAAGCGUGGAGGCUACCCUGCCACACAAGUCCAUGGGGACGGUACCCGGCCCUCUACCAGCAGCCAAGCCAUCCCUGAUUGCAGCUUCUGCCACUGAGGAGGAGCCGGGAGAGGAGCAUCCCCCGCAGUGUCCACACACACAUGGCCUUUACAGCACCCCAGGAGUGGCAGGCUUGGGUGUGGGAGCUGUCCACAGCCUGAUGCAGAGCCCUGGGCCCGAGUCUACCCUGCUGCACCUGUCUACUGCUCCUGGCAUCUUCCACGAGCCAGAGACAAGCACAUUGCACCCCCUCAGCACCCAGCUCUGGGGGACCUCACCAGGCUGUUCACUAGGCCCGUGCCCUGUGGCAGGAGAGGGGCACUCAGCCUCAGCAGGGACAAUGCCAGCCCACCAACAUGCCCACCAGGCUCAACAGGAGGACACACAGGCCCCCAGCCCCUCCACAGUGUCUACUGCCCCCCUGGGAGCCCCACAGAGGACCCCAGAUGCAGAGCUACCCAACAAGCUGGACUCACCAGCGGACAGCACCCAGGACAGCCACCAGGAAGAGGUGCCUUGUGACUGUCCUUUUCAAGAGGUCAGCCAGGGAGGGGCCCUCAGGGUGGAGGCAGCCACCAGGGCCUGUGCUGAGGAAGGGGACAGGCAGGCAACCUUGGGGAGCACCCUGGUAACAACCUGCCAGUCCCCAGUGCUAGAAGAAAGAUGCCCAGGGGACACCCCACCCUCAACCACCACCAAAGACACCAUAACUUCUGAGACACACUCGUCUUCCCGAGUCCCCAGCCAGAGUUCUGAGUCCCUCUUGCCCAGGGAGCACCAGGCAUCUGGGUUCAAAGAAGCAAGCACCAUGACGCCCCAACCUGAGAGUGUGCUGGUGAGCAAACCCUACUUGCAAGAUGCUGAGGUGCAGGCAGUGGCCAGCGUCCAGAGCAGGGCGGUGUCCACCAGCCCCAGCAUGCUUGCAGCCUUUCUAAAGGGAACCCCCAUGUCUGGGCCUGCAGAACCCCAGGAACAGCUGCGCAUCCUGUGUGGUGGUAGUGGGGUCCACACCCUGGAGCUGACUGAUAUAGCAUCAGGCCCCCCAGACUCAUUAGUGUGCCCCCAAUCAUUGCCCUCACAGACAGCGUUCUUGGGGGCAAGUCCCUCUGUGAAUGUAGCUGUUGAGGCCCUUAAGGUCUCAUCCAUGACACAGGUGUCACCCAAGGAUGCAGAGGAUUCUUGCAAAGAAGGUCAUACACCUGCAGAGAUGAGCUCAGUCGGGGGACAGCUCACAACUGCACAGCUGGCAGAUGCAAAUGCCUGCUCAGUUGAGCAGGUUUCUGUCCAUGCAGGCAGUCGAACCGAGUCAAGUCACCCAGUGGAGACAUCUAAAAUCAGGCCAUCUGAGUCCCCAGUGAAAGCCAUGAAUGGUCACAAACUGGCCCCAGAUUGCAAUGUACCCCAGGCCUGUGGCCACACCCACCAAGCAGGACAGCCAGGGAGCUCAGAGCCCUGGGAUGGAGGGGAGAGAAAGUCCCUGUCUCCACAGGGGGUGACAGCACAAGUAUGUGGGGGUGCCAACAGCAACCUGGAGGCUGGAGACAGGGCGGAGGUCAAAAGUGUCCUGCUGAGCCCAGUGCCCCCAGGCUCUGCAACCUCCCCUGGGAGGAAAGGCCAGGAGGGCACAGAGGACAACGCACAAGGCAAGGCAGCCAGCUUGGGGCUGGGGCUGGGGUUCAGCCUGACUGCGGACGCCUCCCCGGGCUCGGGCAAGAGGACCCCAGCGCGCUCGGUGAAGGCCAGCCCGCGCAGGGCCAGCAGGGUCAGCGAGUUCCUCAAGGAGCAGAGGCUCAACGUGAGCGCGGCUGCUGCGCAGGUGGGUCUCACCCCCGGCGAGAAGAAGAAGCAGUCUGACCCCAAGCUGCACCUCAAACAGUCCAAGCGGGUCCGCGACGUGGUGUGGGACGAGCAGGGCAUGACCUGGGAGGUGUAUGGUGCCUCUCUGGACCCUGAGUCACUGGGUGUCGCCAUCCAGAACCACCUGCAAAGGCAGAUCCGGGAGCACGAGAAGUUCAUCAAAGCCCAGAGCAGCCAGAGCCGAAGGUCCAUCUCUUCCGAGGCCUCGUCCAACAAAAAACUCAAAGGGAGGCAACACAGUGUCUUGCAGGCCAUGUUCCAAAACUUUAGGCGCCCCAACUGCUGCGUCAGGCCUGCUCCCUCCUCCGUGUUAGACUGAAAGCCCCUGCCCUGGUGUGGCCUUCAUAAGUGUCCCUUUGUGUCCAAACAUGACUUGAUUUUUUUCUUUUUUCUUUUCUCUUUUUCUUUCUUUCUUUUCUUUUCUUUUCUUUUCUUUUUUUUUUCUUUUUUUUUUUUCUUCCUGAAAGACCAGAAAGGGAGAAACACUGACUUGGCAAUGAUUAUAAUGCAGUCGGGAAUCCUUUGCUUGGGCAUUCUUUUCUGUUUAAAAGAGAGAGAGCAAGGGGAAAGAAGCAUGCUGCACUGAAGGUAUGUGACCUUCACUGAGAUGUCACAUCCACAAGGGUCUUUAAUAUGUCAUGGCCCUUUAAAGCAGGCGUUAUCACCACACAGGUGUCAUUUUGUAUUAAGGCUUUAAUUUGUCACACUCUGGUAUUUCCAUGAAAAUCUCUGCUUUAUAUUGUAAAAGAAAAAGUGCAAAAACACUCAGCAGAAAUGCACUAUUGUAACUUAUAGCCCCAUCGCAAGAAGAAUGAUGCUGCCAUGCAAAAUUCAAAUGACUGAUAACAGCUAGAAUGUAAAAAACAGUGAAGCCAGGGGCUGGCAAAAUGGCUCACUUGGAUAGUGUGUGCUGCUUUGCCAAGUGUCCAACUGCUUUAGAGACCAGGCCCCACAGCACUGGAGGGUCCUCUUCCUCCUCCUCCUCCUCCUCCUUCUCCUCC